AUGUCCAACCAAAGCACUGUGACCAAGUUCCUUCUCCUGAGAUUCUCUGAUGUUCGGGAGCUGCAGAUUUUGCACUUUGUGGUGUUCCUGGUGAUUUACCUGGCAGCCCUGAUGGGCAAUCUUCUUAUCAUCGUAGCUGUAGCCCUCGACCACCAUCUUCACAGCCCUAUGUAUUUCUUCCUAGACAUCUGCUACAUAUCCGUCACCAUCCCCAAGUCCAUGGUGAACUCCCUAACCAACACCAGACAGAUCUCUUUCUCUGGCUCUGUUGCCCAAGUCUAUUUUGGUAUCUUCUUUGCCUUUUCAGAGUUGGUCCUUCUCACAGAGAUGGCAUAUGACCGCUACGUUGCAAUCUGCCAUCCUUUGCGUUACAGGGUCAUCAUGACCAGAGGGGCAUGUGCACAGAUGGCAGCUGGUUCCUGGAUCAGCAGCUGUAUUUAUUCAUUGCUCCUCACUGCUAAUGCCUUCCUAUUACCUUUCUGUGUGUCCAGUGUUGUUGAUCAGUUCUUCUGUGAUAUCCCACAGCUCUCAAACCAAUCGAAACUCUUUCUUCCCUAG